UUCCCAUUGGUUGGCUAGCUAGCAAGCUCUCUUGCGAUUUAGACCUAAAUCAAUCUACACUAUUACCAGAAACAAGUUCCUGAGCUAAUGUCUAGACUAAGAUCAACUAGCAAGUCUUGGCUCACCGCUGCCAAGAUAUCGAAGGGCUCUUCCAACUCGAAGUCCUUGUAGCAGCGCCGCCAUAUCUAGCUGCUAACUGUAUUUUGUAGAUAUCCGACGCGUCAUUUUUACGCGACUCUCUUUUGAGCAGCACGUAAAUCGAAUAUUUCACAGUUGUUUUGACCGGAGAGGAGGCCAUGGCAGACCUUGGUGUGAAAGCAGGAGAUAAGGUGCUUUUGGUGUGGAGCCAGCCUUCGUCCCCAACAACCCUGAAGAAGCUGGCAGAGAGUCUAGGGGCCAUGGUUGGCACCGAUGGCCGAGUGUCCCUGGAGAAUAUGGAAAGACUUAUAAUGUCUUCACAUGCAGCAUCAAGCUACGACUGGGUCCUCUCAAGUCUACUCUCUGACAGCUUUUCUGUCCACACCUCAGAGACACUAGCAGAGAUGGCCAGAGUGAUCAAACCUGACGGAAAACUAGUGCUUGAAGAACCUGUUACAGGAACUGAUGACCAAAAAGUGAGGACUGCUGAGAAGCUUAUAUCAGCGUUGAAGUUGUCUGGCCUGGUGUCAGUGACUGAGGUCAGUAAAGAACCCCUGACCCCAGAGGCUGUGUCUGCCCUGAAGACAUUCACAGGCUUCCAGGGUAACACUCUAUCCAGGGUGCGCAUGUCUGCUUCUAAACCCAACUUUGAAGUGGGCUCUUCGAGCCAGCUGAAGUUUUCCUUUGGGAAAAAGACCUCAAAACCAGUAGACAAACCUGCACUUGACCCCAAUGCUGCCAAGGCGUGGACCCUGUCAGCCAAUGACAUGGAUGAUGAUGAUGUGGACCUGGUAGAUUCAGAUGCUCUGUUGGAUGCAGAUGACUUUAAGAAGCCAGACGCAGCCUCCCUCAAAGCGCCCUCCUGUGGUGACGGAACCACCAAGAAAAAGAAGGCUUGCAAGAACUGCUCUUGUGGUCUUGCUGAGGAGUUGGAACAGGAGAGCAAGGGCGCCAAGACAAUCAGCCAGCCCAAGUCCGCCUGUGGAAGUUGUUACCUGGGUGAUGCCUUCCGAUGUGCCAGCUGUCCAUACAUUGGGAUGCCUGCCUUCAAACCUGGAGAGAAGAUCGUACUAGCCAACACAGGGCUAAAUGAUACCUAGGAACAACCACAAUAUGUACUUUCUGGAAUAUCACAUUCCUUACAUCAUUCUAACCUCCCACCCCCUGGAGUCCAUGACCAAUGCCAGGUUCUCACUGAGAUGGUCAGAAUGGCUCUUCUACAUCAUGUAUAAGAGCAAAAAGCAGGCAGAGUUUGAGUAAAUGUAUUGGGAGUAGUGAAACAUUACUGAAUCGAUCCAGGUUUACAGGCUUAUUUGACCACGUGACAACUGUUCCUGGCCAUAUCAUACAAUGAAGAUUUCACAGGGCACUCACCAUAUUUCAACAUACAGGUGUCCAUAAUAAAUGUCAGUUCAAUUAACCGUGUGUAUAUUACUAUCUGGAUUGUUUUCUACAAAAAGUGGUAGUCUAUUUUCAGGAUUUCCCAUUUAAUAAGUCAAUGACAAUCCUUCAAGCAUGGCCUGUUUAUAUAUUCACUUUCACACUUAAAAGCACAAGAAUAAAAUAUAAAACAAACACCA